CUUAACGAAUCAUUUUAACGAUUAUUUAGCACUUUAUUUAAAGAAAAAAACACAAUAUUAUAAUUUUUGAUAGUUUUAGGCAGUUACUAGUGUCUAAAGUUACGUAAAAAAAAUGGUUAGAAAUUUGAGUAUCAGAGAUAAUUAUUAAUGUUAAUUUGAAAAAAUUCAAGUGAUAUAAUCACCGUAUUUAGGAUGUUUGUAUUGCAUAACCUAAAAAUUUUCCAAGAAUGAGCUAUCAAGCGAUAAAAUGAUUCGUAAAAUGGUAUUUACUCAACAAUUGGUGUUUGCAUUAUUAAAGUUGUAAGUUAAUAUGUCGUAAAUAAUGCGAAAAUGUCGACGUUUUCGUGGAUGGAAUUGUUUCCUACAAGACUCAGUUUUGCGAUUUUUAUAGCUUACAUAUUGUUGUUUGUGGGGCAAGGUAUAUUAGUAACAGCAUCACAAAAAGCAGACAACCAAUAUGAUUAUAACAUAAUUACGGUAGUUUUAUUAACUGAAAUACUUAAAUUGAUUGUAUCAAGUUUGUUCUACUGUAAAGACAACUCCCCAAAGUCUCUAGUCAACAAUAUUAUAGAAAAUAGAAAGGUAUUAGGACUUUAUUUUGUACCUGCACUAUUGUAUUGUUUCUACAAUAACCUUGCCUUUGUUAACUUAUCAGUAUUUGACCCCACUACUUAUUACUUAUUACUACAAUUAAGAGUUGUAGUCACUGGAAUAUUAUUUCAAGUCAUAUUUAGUAAAACUUUAAGUAAGAAACAAUGGCUUUCGUUGUUAAUUUUAACAUUUGGAUGCAUGUUGAAGCAAGUUAAUUUCACAGACCAAGAAAAAAAAUCACUUUCAUUUGAUAUCAUUGGCGUAAACGGUAUUUUUAUCCUUUUGCAAAUUUUUUGUUCAUGUCUCGCGGGCGUCUACAACGAAUAUCUUCUUAAAAAACAAGGAGCUGAUGUGAAUAUUUUCAUUCAAAACGUUUUCAUGUACUUGGAUUCGAUUGUUUGUAACGUUGUUUUGUUAGGUGUACGAGGACACUUAACCACUGCUUUCACAUACGAAAACAUCUUCAAAGUAUUCCAUUACAAAGUUUUAUUAGUAAUGUUUAAUAAUGCCGCAAUUGGUAUCGUCACUAGUUUCUUCCUAAAGACUCUAAAUUCGAUUUUAAAAACGUUUGCAAGUGCCUUGGAAUUAGUUCUAACGGCUUUAUUAAGUUACGCAUUUUUUAGUAUUCCCAUUUAUUUAAAUACGGUUCUUGCAAUCGCUACUGUAAUGUAUGCUGUGUAUUUAUAUUCGCAGAAUCCCGUCUCAAACACAACAAAGCAGGCCAGUCGACAAAGCGAUGAAAUCGCUCUCAUCAAAACUGAACAAGUUUGAUGGAACUAGAGUUUUUUUUUUUAUUUUUAUCAAUACAAUUAAAAGUAUUUAAUGUGGCGCUGAUUAUACAUAACCAAAUCUAAUAAAUAAAUCGUUAAAGCUGAA